AUGCAAGAUGGAUCUCCAACUGGAGAAGGCCAAACUUGCUCAACUGCUGCCACAACAAAUUCUAAGCGCCUUCUCCUAAACCAAGAAUACAUCAAGCGUGGACAGGCACGCAAGGGCACCAUUUAUGGACUUGGCAAUGUUCAAUACAAGAACAUAGAGCCUUCUGAGUCGGUCCCUGCUAGUCUCAAGCGAAGCUUGGGCAUGGAGAUGCGGGUUUGUGAUGUGGAGACCCUCGCUCAGGAAAUCAAGUCUGAUGUUCUUGAGUUCAAGACAGACUUCCAAGAAAAGAUGACUCAAACUCAAUCAACUCUCAACACCAUACUGCAACUUCUACAGCCUCAAGCUUCCAAUCCUUCCGCCUCUACUGCACAACCAACUCAGUCUCAAGCACCUCAAGGUCAAGCUCCAUCUCAAUCUCAAGGUGAUUCACAACUUCAACAUGUCAUCACCAAUAACCUUUCUGAAUUAAAUAGGCGGUGUAAUGCAGAACUCGGUUUGUAG